AGCUCAUGACUCACUCGUGCCACCUCCAAACGGGGCAACUUAAAUAGUACGUCCUGGCGUUAUGCAGCGUCGACCAAAGGUCACCAGUUCCGGUGGUGAGACAGGUGAUCGACUUCAGGUAGGAGCCGCGCGCGUCUCGCCCUCCCUUCCCUCCCUCCCUCCCUUCGCUGGUCGCCAAAGUCGAAACCUCCCACACGCCGCUUUGAGCGACCUGCAGCCCACGAGGUUCAAAGGACACCGAGCCCUGCCCUUCAGCGUGCCGGCGAGCGAGCGGAGCGGCGUUCUUUAUCAGCCGGAGGUCCUGCCGGGAGUCGUCCACUGCAGCCCCGCUCAGCCCGGGAGACACUUUGUUCACUUUCCUCUGCUGGAGCUCGUCCACCGACCGGAGCCAAGAUGCCCAGAACAGUCAACGUUCGCGUCACCUCCAUGGACGCAGAGCUGGAGUUCUCCUUCCAACCAAACACCACAGGGAAGCAGCUCUUUGACCAGGUGGCCAGGACCAUCGGACUGCGUGAGAUUUGGUACUUUGGGCUUCAGUUUGUCGACUCUAAAGGAUUCAUCACCUGGCUGAACUCUGAAAAGAAGGUGAUGGUGCAGGAUGUGAGGAAGGAGACUCCCCUGCAGUUCAAGCUGAAGGCCAAGUUCUACCCGGAGGACGUGGCCGAGGAGCUGAUCCAGGACGUCACCCGCAGGCUUUUCUUCCUGCAGGUGAAGGAGGACAUCCUGGGGGAGGAGAUCUACUGCCCGCCAGAGACCGCCGUGCUGCUGGGCUCCUACGCCGUCCAGGCCAAGUACGGAGAGCAGGAGAAGUCGGCGCUGGAGCCGGGAUACCUGUCCUCCGAGCGCCUGCUGCCCAAGAGAGUGCUGGAACAACACAAGCUGUCCAAGGAGCAGUGGGAGGAGAGGAUCCAGGUCUGGCACGAGGAGCACAGAUCAAUGCUGAAGGAAGAGGCCAUGAUCGAGUACCUGAAGAUCGCCCAGGACCUGGAAAUGUACGGCGUCAACUACUUUGAGAUCAAGAACAAGAAGGGCUCGGACCUGUGGCUCGGCGUCGACGCUCUGGGGGUGAACAUCUACGAGAAGAACGACAAGCUUUCUCCGAAGAUCGGAUUCCCCUGGAGUGAAAUAAGGAACAUUUCUUUCAACGAUAAAAAAUUCAUCAUCAAGCCCAUUGAUAAGAAAGCUCCUGAUUUUAUUUUCUACGCUCCACGGCUGCGAGUCAACAAGCGCAUCCUGCAGCUGUGCAUGGGCAACCACGAGCUGUUCAUGCGCCGCCGCAAGGCCGACACCAUCGAGGUCCAGCAGAUGAAGGCUCAGGCCAAAGAGGAGAGGCUGCAGAAGAAGAUGGAGAGGGAUCAGCUGGACGGCGAGAAGAAGAAGAGGGAGGCCAUGGAGAAGGAGAAGGAGCAGAUGGAGAGAGAGAAGCGGGAGCUGAUGAUGAAGCUCUCCCAGUUCGAGGAGACGACCAAGAGAGCAGAGAGAGAGCUUCAGGAGCAGCUGGACAGGGCCAUGAGGCUGGAGGAGGAGAGGAGGAGGGUGGAGCAGGAGGCGGCCCGGCUGGAGGCUGAGAGGAUGGAGGCCAUAAUAGCCAAGGAGGAGCUGGCCAGGCAAGCUGAGGACCAGAUAAGGAGCCAGGAGCAGCUGACACUGGAACUGGCCGAUUACAGCGCCAAGAUCACUCUGCUGGAGGAGAUCAAGAGAGAGAAGGAGGAGGAGGCCGAGUCAUGGCACAUCAAGGCGAAGGAAGUGGAGGAGAAUCUGAUCAAGACGAAGGAAGAGCUGCACAGCGUGAGGAGCUCUAGCAACUUAAUUCCUGUUAAAGCUCCUGCUUCCUCCUCCUCCUCCUCUUCUUCCUCCUCCUCGGACAACGAGGACAACGAGGGGAGCGACCACGAGAGCGAAGAGAACAACACCUACAGCGCCGAGCUGCAGACGCAGGAAGUCAACAACCACCACGAAGAGGAGGAGCGGCUCACCGAGGCCGAGAAGAACCAGCGCCUGCAGGAACAGCUGAUGGCUCUGAGCUCAGAGCUGUCAGAAGCCCGACACGACGACAAGAAGACCGCCAACGACGUGCUCCACGCCGAGAACGUCCGGGUCGGCCGCGACAAGUACAAGACCCUGCGUCAGAUCCGCAUGGGCAACACCAAGCAGAGGGUCGACGAGUUCGAGGCCUUGUAAAAAAACCUCAGAGACGUGAAGAUCUCUUAAAAAUCCUAAAAAUCUCCUGUGUGCUGUUCAUUCAAACAUUAAACAUUAAAAACAUCA